AUGGCGGAGGGCGCGGCGCUGCGGGCCGUCAGGGAGCGCCUGGCCGCCUUCCCGCGGGAGGCCCGCGAGCUGGGGUGGUUGGAGUCCAUACCCUAUCUUGAUAGACCUCCGUCCCCACUGGAGUUUUAUCGAGAAUGGGUGAGUCCGAAUAAACCUUGUAUAAUUCAGAAUGCCAUCAGCCACUGGCCGGCUCUGAAGAAAUGGACCUCAGCAUACCUCAGGGAGGUAGUAGGUCCCAAGGUAGUGAGUGUGGCAGUAACACCAAAUGGUUAUGCAGAUGCGGUGUUUCAGGACCGUUUUGUCAUGCCAGAGGAGCGCCAAAUGCCUUUCAUGGACUUUUUGGACAUUGUGGAGAAGAAGGUGACCUCACCCAACGUGUUCUAUGUCCAGAAGCAGUGCUCAAACCUCACCGAGGAGUUCCCUGAACUUGUCUGUGAUGUGCAGCCUGACAUACCAUGGAUGAGUGAGGCACUUGGGAGGAAGCCUGAUGCUGUGAAUUUCUGGCUUGGGGAGUCGGCCGCCGUGACAUCUUUACAUAAAGAUCAUUAUGAGAACUUGUACUGUGUGAUAUCUGGAGAGAAACAUUUUCUACUACAUCCACCGAGUGACCGUCCCUUCAUCCCAUAUGAGCUCUAUCAGCCAGCAACUUACCACGUAUCAGAAGAUGGCACAUUUGAAAUUGUGGAUGAGAAGAGUGCAGAUAAGGUGCCCUGGAUCCCCCUGGACCCCUUGAACCCGAAUCUGGAAUUGUAUCCAGAGUAUGCUCAAGCAAAGCCUUUGCAGUGUACAGUGAAAGCUGGUGAGAUGUUAUACCUGCCUUCUCUCUGGUUCCAUCAUGUCCAGCAGUCACAUGGCUGUAUAGCAGUGAAUUAUUGGUAUGACAUGGAAUAUGACCUCAAGUACAGCUAUUAUCAGCUACUAGAUUGUCUCACAAAAGCUGUGGGAGUGUUGUAG